AGCAGAGGGCGGUAUUCAUGAACAAACUCCGCCUAUUACUUUGACGCAAUGAGGGGGGAAAUGCUCUCAUUUCCGAGGCGUUUCUGUUACUUAAAACAUCUGCGUUAAAAUACGCUGGCGUCACGCAGCAGAGAUGAAGUGUGUUUGCGCUUUUAGACAGAGGAUCAGUACAGAACUGUGACACACAGGAAGCGCUCAACUUCAACUCAAGGACACCUAACCACUACAGAUUUAUUUCAAUGGCCUCAGGUAUGGCAGAGUUGCUGCGGUUGCUCCUGAGCGUGGCAGAAAAAGCCGCCAAUGUGGCACGGGUCUGUCGACAGGAAGCACAGCUUUUUGAACUUUUGGUACAAGAAAAGACAGGAGCUGACAAAAACAAGAAAUUUGUCCAGGACUUUAAGACGCUUGCUGAUGUGUUGAUACAGGAAAUGAUUCGCCAUGAUGUUUGUGCCCAGUUUCCAGAAUUGACUGGAUUUAUUCAUGGAGAGGAGUCAAACAAGUUUGAGAAUGGACUUGGGGAGAGUGUUACUGUGAGAGUAUGUGCUCAGGAAGAGGACACAACUGCUUUGUUGGCUAAAGUUCUGGAUGGUGAUCAAAACGCAGCGUCCCUCCUGACCAAGGUGAUCCACCAGGACCUUCAGAUUAAAGACGAGAUGGCUGAAUCUCUGCAGCUGUCAAUCAGCCCAGCCGAUGUGGGCAUCUGGAUUGAUCCCAUCGAUGGAACAAGUCAGUACAUUGAAGGGAAAGAGGAAGAACAGCCAGAUGAAGGCUUUUGUCCAUUCGGUCUCCCAUGUGCUCUGGUUCUGAUUGGGGUUUACUUACGGUCCACUGGCCAACCGGUCAUGGGUGUCAUAAACCAGCCGUUCAACCGCAAAGACUCCACGGGUAAAGGAUGGAAAGGCCAGCACCUCUGGGGCGUUUCAUAUGGAGAUGUGAACGCUUGCUCCUUCACGCAUCGCAGGCCGUCGUGUCCACAAAAGAAAGAUGAUUUGUCUGUGCUGCUGAGCUCCAGCGAGAGGCCGGCUGUGAAGGACGCUCUCGCAGCCAUUCCCGGCGGCUCGCUGAUGUACGCAUCCGGAGCGGGAUACAAGAUCCUGUGCGUGGUCCAGGGUCUGGUGGAUGUGUAUGUGCUCUCCGAGGGCAGCACCUUCAAGUGGGACUCGUGUGCUCCUCAUGCGCUUCUGCGGGCGCUGGGUGGUGGGGUCUCGGAUCUGAGCGAGUGUAUGCGUGCCCACGUCAACGGAAACAAGGGACACGCAGCUGAACUGACCUACCAUCAACUGCACAACCAAAGUCAAGGUGUGGACCGAUGGGCGAACCGAGGAGGAAUAAUCGCGUAUUUGGACUCCAGCGUAAUUGAUAAAGUCGUGGCGGCACUUGCUGGAAAGAUAUGAUAAAAAUGAAAUGCAAGAGCUUAGUGUAUGCAAGUGUAUGCUUGUAUUUUUUAUGCAUAAUCUUAUGUCAUUUAUGAUGCAAUUUUUAUGUUAAGAUUUAGUGGCAUAAUCAAAUAUAAAUUUAAGGCUGUAGCUUUUCAGAAGAUAUAUAUUAUAAUGCUCAUCUACAAUGUAUAUAUCAGUAAGUUUUAUUUUUUUGGAAGAAGCUGGUUAUAUUUUCAAGACAAAAAGGAAAGCAAUUACUGUUUUGCCUCAUUCUCAUUGUAAUGUUGUGUAAAUGUUACAGAUAAUAUCACGUUUUACAAUUUCUGCUGGUCACCUGAAAUAAAAGAAAAACCUAGAUUAUCAUGUAUAAUACACGGACAUUCAGGCCCUUUUAUAGUGAUGUUUUUGACUUGAUUCCUCUUUUUUUCCCCCCUUAUGUUUCGCUCUAAGAAUGGCAGAAAUCUAUUGAGAAAAUGGGUGCCAUGAGAGUCUCUCACAGGAAAGACAUUGACUGGUUUGAGUUGUACUUUUCGGUCUCAUUCUAAACAUUCAAUGGAAAAACUUUGAGAGCUAAGGGGCUGAUGGGGAAAGUGUGUUUAAGAGCACAGAGAUGACCAUGGAUGCCCUUUUAUGUGCAAAAGCUGUAAAAAGAUCAUUUCUUUCCCUCUUGGCUUCAUGUCAGUGCCAGUGUGCUAAUGACUAGAAAAGGAUCCAAAGUGUCACUACUUCACACUGUACACAUACAGGUCAUGUGACCCGAGUGAAUUUAUAGAAAAUACUGGAUAAGUUUCACAUGAACAAAACCUCUUUGGAUAAGGGGCAUAGUUCUUUAAUGUUUGAUAUCCGCAAUAAUGCACUCAUGAAAGGUGACGGAGAUCAAAAUGAAGUUUAAUCAAGUGCAAUGAAGUUAUUAGUCUUUCAGAAUUAUAUAAAUGCUCAUUUGACGGCUGCUUGUGGUCCUAAAUGGUAAGUACAAUGGCUGAUCUCCUCAUUAUUGAGCCACACUGAACUCUAGCCAGCAUAAUCACACAUUAUUCCUUCGAAGAUUUAAUC